UUGUAAUACAAAGCUACUCGAACCAAUUUCGGUCACUUGUUUGUUUAGUCUUAUCACCAUCUCACCCACUAUAGCCGAUAGCUGGACAUUGUACCAGUAGAGUAUAGACCGCGAAGAGUGAAACCUACGGUGGCAAACAUGGUCCAAAAACACUACGUAGCCGGUUUUCAAAACUUUGUCGACUUCAUGAAGAACUUUAAGGCCGAUGGUCAGGACAUCAAUAUCCUCUUCACCGGAGCAAAAAUGGACAGUGGAAUCAGCUGGUGUAGCGAUUGUGUCGAUGCCGCCCCUUUCAUCGAUGCCGCCUUAGAGAAGGCUCCGGCGGAGUCACACUUUAUCUACGUUGAUGUGGGUGAUCGGCCAACGUGGAAGGAUAUGACGAACCCAUUCCGCAAGGACACCAACACUCAUCUCAGCGUAAUUCCGACCUUGAUCCGGUGGAAAAAUCCACAGCGUCUCGAGGGCGAGCAGUGUCAAAAUGCCGAUUUGCUGGACAUGUUCUUCAACGACGAAGACUGAUAAAAAUGCAAUUGAGAAGAAUUUGAAGUGGAUGACUGUGUUUUUUUUUUUGGAAAUAAAAGUUGAUUCUUCUUUUGCAA